UAUUUCCUAACAAUUUAACAAUUUUCGCGUUUACUAUAAUUUUAUCCUAUUUUCUUUCUUUCUAACGUAGGACAUGGAAACAUAUAUAAAAGAAAUUGAAUUCAACUCGAUUCCGGAAAAUACCGGAUCUAGAUAUUCCAUGAACAAAUUGUUGUAUCAAACGAGUCAAUGCCAAUGCGAACAAGAUUGUUGUAGACCCAAUGAAUAUUCUUUCGGUUCUUUGAAUAAUAAAACAGCUAUGUCAACGCAGUAUUUGUCCGAGGUAAAAGAAAAGAAAAAAGUACGUGGAAAUAAACGAAACAAUUGUUAUUAACAGGUGGCAUUCUCAUUACAUAAGAAUAUCAUAAUUCCAUAAAGCAUCAUUUAAGAUCGUCUCGAAGCUCGAUGAAUCCAAAACUGCGUAAAGUGUCGCAAGAGAAUGAGAAUCUCUUUACAUCUAUCGAUUGCAAUAAUCACAUGGAUAAUUGUCCUAUGAAGCACGUUAAUUCGAACACUCGAAGAGUUGAUUUUAGAGAGGACGAAGUGCAUAACGAACCAUCCAUUGAACAGAAACAAGCGGAGAACAGAUAUUUUGAAAAUAUAAUCAAAUCACGGAAAAAAAAGCCUAGGAACAAUGAAUCGCCGAGUGGUUUCUGUUGCAACGAUUUUUCAUAUCUCACUGAUCGAGGAGGAGAAGCCGACGACGAAAAUUCUCAACAUAUGGAACGACCGAUUCGAAAACACUAUCUCGAUGAGAAACCUCAAAAAGAGAAUACCUUGUUGGAAAGUUCGGACGAGUCGAUUUUGGAUUACUGCGAAGGACUUGAUAUGGAGCCUAUCCUAAAAAAUCGAUUGAAACCAGCCCUGCUACGAGCGGUGAAUUGGAUCUUCGGUGGUUGCCCGGAAGCAUCGAGAAAAGCGGCGUUGAAACGAAACAAGAUCGAAAAGGAAGGGAACCAAGAGACCGACGAAUGGUUCCUGUAGUCAAGGGUGUUGAAUACCUCGUCGCAAAUCGUUUCACACCGUCGGCAAAAUCGUGAUUCUGUCGCAUCGAACAUUAUCCAUUUCACAUAGUAUCCCAUCCCAUCGAUCAUUAAAUUUGCGAAGUUUAUC